AUGGCCGCGCUUGGACUUGAUCUCAGUGGACAAGAGGUCCCAGAAAAAGUUAAAGUAGAUGCUGAAUCCGAGGAUGAUGCAGAUUCGGAUUUCGACGACGGGGGAAAACGACAACCUCGCGUUCGAAGGCAAGAGGACGAGGAGGAACCAGAACAGAACGCGGCGACGGAGAGGCAGCCGUGGGAACUUUCUCCUCCAAAGGAUGAUGAUGUCGAUCUGUGGGCUGAGCCCGUAGCGGAGCCUGACAAGCCCUCUGGGGGUAAUAGAGGCAAAGGGACGAGAGGAAGAGGCGGAAAGCAGCAAUCUGCUGGAUAUGACUCCAGAGGCCGAGGAACUCGUGGUCGCGGUGGCGAGCGCAGUGAGCGAGGGCGCGGGGCAUCAGAACGAGGUGGAGCGCCAAGAGGACGAGGUACUGGUGACAGUACUAGAGGAACGUCGGAUCGAGGGAAAGAAAGAGGUCGAGGAGUAGAGCGCGGAAGGGGCCGUGGUGGCUCGCGAGGCGCGGCACCAAAUUCAAACCCUACACCCGCCACAAACGAGAAUGAAGCAACUGGCGAUGAUCCCAUGUCACCGACUGGUGAAAAAGAUGCUGGUGAGGAAGCGGAUCCCGCAAAAGCCCCCAAGCCAAAGAAGCAGUCCGCCAAACCAAAGCGGGCCAAAAAGACCCAGCAAGAGGAAGCCAAGGCCCCUGUCGAAAAUACAGCAGAUUCAAGACCUCUUCCUGGAAUGUCUACAGCUGAACAGGACGCUGCCUGGGGUAUUACGCCUGCAGAUGACAAGACGGCAGAUCCAGUGACCGAAAAGGAUGGUGGCAAUGGAGAGACUGCGACUGGAGGAUGGGGUGACGCCGACCUAAACGAAGAUUGGGGGACAAUGAAUAACGGGAAUGACUGGGGAGCUACCGUCAGUCCAACGACGGCACAAUCCAGACACAAGAAGCCACCUCUCUACAACAAUCCCGACCGCGUCAAAACUGGAGGUGCCGAGAGGACCAAGCUCAGUGCUGAAGAGUUGGAGGAGAAGAUGAGGCAGAUGCGACUCAAAAACGAAAAGAUUAAAGAAAAGCGCGCGGAAGUUGAAGCAGAUGCGGAGCAAUGGGAGAAGGAACAAGAGGCGGACAAAGCCCGUCGAGAAAAUCAAGCCAAAAUUCAAGCACAGAUUGACAGUGAUCGGAAGAAGGUUGCGGAGAAAAAGAUUGCUCAAGCGAGUCGGCGGGAGUGGGACUCCGGAAAGCCAGGACUCAAUGAAUCAAGUGAUUCGUUCCGUGGUCGAGGUAGAGGCUCUCGCGGUCGUGGUGCCGGGCGAGGGCGUGGACGCGGAUAUGCAGCAGCAUCCGAACAGCCUGUUGGCGAGACUGCAAACGAAGAGGCGACGGCUCAUCAACGUGCGCUCGCAAAGGCGCAGCGAGAACUGGAUAGAGAGAGAACAAAGCUCGAGCAACAAGAAAAGAAGCUAGUCGCGGAUAUCAAGAAGAGCGCCAAGGCUGGGCAGUUGAAUGCUUGCAAAGUAAUGGCCAAGGAUCUCGUACGAACUCGGAGAUAUGUCCAGAAAUUCUACCAAAUGCGCACGCAACUUCAAGCCGUUGGUCUCAGAAUCCAAACGCUACGGAGCAACCAACAAAUGGCAGAUGCGAUGAGAGGCGCCACCCGGGCCAUGGCUUCGAUGAAUAAAGGCCUCAACCUUCCAGCAAUUCAGCGAAUAAUGAACGAGUUUGAGCGAGAGAGUGCCGCAAUGGACAUGAAGGAGGAACUUAUGUCCGAAGCAGUCGACGGCGUCAUGGAAGACGAUGCCGAAGAUGAAGAAGAAGAAGGGGACAAGAUUCUCCAACAAGUCUUGGAAGAGAUUGGUAUCGACAUGUCACAGAAGCUUGGGGAAACUCCAACCGACCUGCACUCGGCCGCAGUCCCUGUUGUCAACAGACGGCAGGCCGUCGCACUGGGAGGGGACGAUGUUCCCAGCUCUGGUUCAGGGGAUGGAGGAGUGUCGACUGCGGAAGAGGAUGCGCUGCAGGAACGCUUGAACCGGUUGAGAGGGCCAUGA